AACUGAGACUGCAUGCCGAGUCCUUCCUUACAAGAGACAAACUCAGGUGACGGACUUUUUCCUUUCAAGAAGGAUCUUUAUUCCUGUUGGUAAUGAUGUGUAGAGGGAGCUCAGUCCUGCAGCUGUCACUGGGUUAAAACCCGUCAACCUUGGUGAGGGCGGUCGGUUUGGACAGCCAGAACCCCUCGGAACCGGCUGCUUCUGCAGAGCAAACCGGAUCUCACGUCCAACCUGGAGACAUUUUUUUGCUGCAUUCACGAUGAUCUCAGCGUGACUACUGGGCGCUGAGUAGAGGCAUCCCUCCUCUCUCUCUUUUCCAUCUUCCUCUCCCGCCCCUCUCUGUCUUUAUUCCUCUCUUUUCCUUUCGUGGGUUUAGCACAGGCUGCCCAGUCAUUUAGUCCCCUUUUUUCUGCGCUGGGGAAGCUGAUAGCAAUGGGACGGCUCGGUUUCAGCACCACGGAGAGCGCCCGGCUUCUGCUGCUCGUUGUGUUCGGUGUGCUGGCGCUGUCCGUGGUGCUGGCGGAGCAGGAAGGGGAGAACCUGUCCGGUCUCUCAGACAACCCAGACAAAGCCAUCUUCGCGGUCCGGGAGAACGGCACGACAUGCUUGAUGGUGGAGUUCGCCGUGAGAUUCCUUGUGCCAUAUGACGUGCUCGCGCUCAAUGGGAUAGACCUGAUCACAGAGCAAGCGGCGUUCACUCUGCCCCGUGGUGCAGAAAUCGAGGGGAAAUGUGGGAGCACCGAGUCAGAGAUCCAAAUCACCUGGAAGAACAAGGCCUACACCCUCCGCAUCUACUUCGACACGGAGUUCCGUGACAAGGGCAUUGAGGUGUGGAAGAUCAGCAAGAUCCAGUUCGUCUAUGACACCUCGGAGACAUCGCAUUUCACCAACGCGUAUAACCCUGGGAAGCACACAGCCAACACCCACCACCUCUUGGCCCUGGUGACCCCUUUCGGGCGCUCCUAUGUGUGUUCAGCGCAGCAGACUUUCACCCUCAUCUCAAGCGACCACCAGAAGGGUGUCACAAUCUCCAUGUAUGACACCCAGAUCCAGCCCUUCGACAUCGCCUCUGACUUCAUAUUCAGUGAACCCUACAAGUGCAUCACUGACCAGCGGGAGCGCCUGGAAGAAACCCUCCCCCUCAUUCUGGGUUUCAUUUUGGCCCUCAUAAUCGUCAUCACACUCACGGUCUACCACUUCCACCUGAAGCUGACAGCGAACCAGCCCCAGCUGCCCAGAGAUCGCUCCAUGUACAAGAACAUGUAGCCAGCAGCAAGGCGGCAGCUCCCUCAGAUCUCCCCAAAGCUAACCUGAUAAAGACUUGUCUCCUCGAUGUCCCAGGCCUAACACCACAGAGGAAAGUGCCAUGCGAUGGACUGAAUCCCUGACAGAGAAAUGUGUGUAGCCUGUACUGAAGGCCUACUGAAACUUUUGAACAGCUAAAACACAAGUUAAUGGGACAGCUUGGGGCCUAGCAUGGAUGUAGUUGCAAACCCAAUUUACCUGACUGCUGAAUUGAAUCUCAAUGCCAUAAAUUCAUAGUUGGUAUUACACUAAUUAGAAUUUUAAUGAAAAUAAAAACAAAUGCUUUUAUGAAAAUAUGAUUGAUUUUGUUUGGAUUGGUGGUUGUUAAGAUUGGUGGAUGUCAUUUGAAAAUCACCAACUUCAGGUUAUAGUUCACCUAUUAUUUUUUUUCUCCAUAAUGUUGUUUCAGCAAAAUUUGAUCCAACUUCUAUUUGAAAGAAAUUUCAGAAAUUGCCAGAGCUUCUGCUGUCAUUUGCCAACUGUUUGUUGUCUUCUCCUCUCUUUCUCUCUCUAAAACUGCUGCUAAAUAAUUUCUGUUCUGUAUUUCCUAAUCUUGACAUUUCUUGUUCAAGAAUCCCUUUAAUUUAUUUUUUUGAAUGCAGCCAUAGUGUUUUACAGUGGACAAGUCUUGUAGUGUGUGCAGUUUAGUGGCAUUCAGAGUUGCAAUGUUUUUGCUUUGAAAUGUUUUCUCUACACCAAUGUAUGUAACAUAUCAAAAAAAAGGAAGAAAGAUAUACAUAAACAUCUGACAAAACUUCUGUACUAAAUACUGAAGAAUUUAUCAGAAGGCCAUAUGAGAGUGUUUAUGAAAAGAUAGGUUAUUAAAUUGAAAAAAUAAUGUGUAUAAUAUUUUCAGAAUCAAAGUCUAUGCAUAAACCUCUGCUGAUGCAAUCUUGUGCAGUAUUCUUCUGUUCAUUAAAAUAAAUUGCUGGAAUCAUCUCUA